UGUGGCAGGGCGGCCGGCGUGCGGCGCGGUGAGAGCGCGGCCCGGUUGCGACCGGUCGGCCCCACCUGAGCGCGGGCGCACACGCAGCUCUGCGCCGCCGACGUCGCGACGCUCGCUCGCGCUGCGCCCGUGUGCGCUCUAUACCCUAACUACAUCGUUGGUAUCUAAAGGAUAUUACGAAUAUCGCGAAGCCCACGCACCAGGACGCACAACUUACGAUGUUUUGAACAUUAUGCUCUGUGGAACGUUGACUAUACAGUGAUUGGUUUUUUUUCUGAAUUGUGUAUCCGUAAUCAUUUUGUGUUAAUUGGAGGGAAAGCUUUUUUGGUUGGAGCUCGAAAGCGGUGACUGAAAUUGCGCGGGCGCGUUUCACGCGGGAUGGCGACGGACGCGGCUGUGGAAGACUUCGUCACCAUAGUUCCGGUUGGCGAAGGUCGGCCUUCCGUCAGAGAUCCUUCUUUUGUAACCGUGCUCACAGUAGGCGCAGCGGCUGGUGCCGCGGAGGUCAUUGUACGACGGCCGCGGGGCGAGCGACUUGGUCUGGGACUUAAAUUUGAAGGUGGAUCAGCCGCUGCUGAAAAAGUGCGUCGGCUUCUUGUACAAUCAUGUGCAGAAGACAGCCCAGCUGCUAACGCUAGCGCACCUUGGGGUAAACUGAUACCAGGUGAUGAAAUACUGGCCAUAGAUGGUGAAUCGGUAUCAAAUCUAACACGAAUAGACUGUGUUCGGCGGCUUAAAGAUUCAGAUGAAACAUUGACAUUGCUCGUGCGACAUUUUGAACAAGAAAAUAAUACAGAACGGAGUAUGGAGGGUAUUAUAGAAUCUCUUGUAAACUCUAAACAGUCGUCAGAUAUAGUGAGACCUACAACAUUACCACCACCUGUGCCACCUAGAAAACUUGGAAAGAAAAACUCUUUUAAAGAUAAACAGACUUUACAGACAGUUGGUGAACAAAAUUCCUGUAAUAACGACAGUCAAUCGGAAUGUCAAAUUAAUGGCAAACUGAAUGGUAUUUCCACGAUAACAAAGUUGUCCAGGAAGUCUUCUUUUGAUAGUCACAUUUUACGGCAAAGUAAAGAAGGCAUUGCGUACCUAAAGAAAGGUUCCCCAGAAGAAGUAAGAAGGUUAGUUCGACGUUUAUCAGAUGGAAAAGCGAUGCCUCCUGAUGCUGAAGUUUACAUCGACUUGUUGUCGUCGGAGUGGGAGCGCUGUCUCGUACUAGCAGAUGCCGAAUCGGAUGACACAAGUAGUUCAAUAUCCACUGUUGUUGACCGUUUAGGGUCCAUGGCAAGUUCUGUGGAGAACAGCAUUCCUUCAACUCCAACUAUGCAACCUAAAACUAUUGACAUACAAAAAGUCUUAAAUUGUAUAGAGAAUAUUGAUACUAAUAUUUUGAAAGACAUGACUAGUAAGCGAUUUAUGGAAAAGAAAAUUGAAAUGAACAGUAACGGUUAUAAUAGUCAAGAAAACACUAAACUGCAUAACGACAAAAAUAAUAAUAACACAAUGGCCACUAAUAACGCCGAAACGAAUCAAAUAAAAAAAGUUGACAGUAAAUCCGAGAAUGUUACCGAAAAGCCUAAGCCUAUGCCAAGGAAUACAAAAGUCGAACGUUCUGUAAGCGAUAAGAAGCCGAGACCGAUUCCUGUUCCUCCAGAAACACCUCCACCGCCAGUCCCAGACACUUUGCUAACUCCAACUAAAAAGAAUUGCAUCGAAACUUGGCUACAGCGUUCAGAAGCUGAGAUGAAAAACAAAAGUGUGGAAAAGUUAGACGACGCUCCUUUGCCGGAGGUGUUACCGCGAUUAAUAGAUUUCGUUCCAAAACAUCAAUAUAAGGAGAGUAGCAAUGAGUCGGUAACGCGACCGACCACAGCUCCGCCGCCCCCGCCGACCGAGACCCGCGAGGACGGCUCUGGAGCCUCCCUCGAUACUAUUGGCGAGCUGGAUGAAUCAGCAGACGUAACCGAUAAUGUCAAACCAGUCAAUGUUGUCAAGAAGAAAGAGAGGAAGUCUUCGUUCGAAAGGAGUUUUUGGGAAGAUCGUGUUCUCAAAAGCGACGCUGAGGACAAAAGUCUGUCUAAUGAUGAAACACCUUUGCCAUCGUGUCCUCGCCAACCGCCAGAUGGAGUGGAAACUCCUUGUGAUGCCGUCGAGAAGACGCCGGAGCUAACAUCACGCCUCCCACUGCGCAUGCCAGCUAACUGGCUCGGCACGCGUCCACGCCUAUCAUACACUUCGAGAACUCAGGAUGCUCGAAGUGAGGCCAGUGUCAAAGAUAAAAUUGCUAUGUUCUCUAAUGAUCGGGCGACAUCUUCUGAUCGCUUGGACAAAUGCGGCACCUUACCUACAAGAAAUGCUUCCAGUAUAAGAAAAAGUACAGCAUCCUACGCAAAUAGUUAUACUGAUGUAUCCUCCUUGGACAGACGUUUGACAAAAUCCCAAGAUAAUCUGGAUGAAUUGCCUCGGUCGUACAAAAGACCGUCGGAGAGACCUGAAGUUUUAGGAGGCGUUGAACGAGCAUCAGCUGUUUUAACGUAUAGUCCGGCAAAGGGCAGCAGCACAUCACUUUACUCAGAAAAUAAACCCCUGUUUUACGGGAGCACAACAACUCUACCUUCGAGUACCGAUCCCUCAUUUGCGAAAACAGUAUAUCACGUACGAAGUGUUAGCGAUGACAAUGGUAGCAAAAAUAUAUCAAAACAUAAAUCUAAUUUGGAUUACUUGAUUGAGCAACGAAAAAAAUCCAUGUCUAAAUUAAGAUGUUUAGUAAUACCAGAAGUUCAAACUCCAAUCGUGGACUUACCUGAAAUCAAAGUGCAAGAUGCUUUUCCUAAGUCGCUACUUUUGAAGACGAAUCAAUGCAAUUUGAAUUCAAAAAGUAUCAAACCAAAUAACUUAAAACCAGUAAGUUUGAACGACACAAAAUGGAAAGCUGAUUUACUGCCCAAUAAUUUACCUAAAUAUUCUCCAGCUUUUAAGCGUAAAUCAUUACAAGUGUAUACGCCGUCAUCGCUUUCUAAAGAAUCCACUCCAGAACCUAAUUACAACGACAGAAUCAGUAAAGUGGGUAGCAAAUUACAAGGAAACCAAACUCUAAGAAGCUCUAUUGAUACAAAUGGACUAACCAGCCGACUAUUAACAACAAGCUUAACCGCAAAUAAGAUUACGGACAACAUUAGUUCACCAAGGAAAGACCAUAAAGAUAUAUUAAAUUAUGUCCGAGAUUACAAAAAUGUGGAUAUUAAAAUUUGCACCGCUACUGACGUGGUCGAUAGUGAUAAUGAUUCUGCAAUGAGUUCAACGCAGUCUAGUUAUAGGUCUUCAGCUUCUUCCCCUAUGCAUACCAUAGAACAUAUUGAAUCAGACAGUUCACGUCUAUCGCCACGCGUUUCGCAUUAUGCUACAUAUUCAGUAUUUAAGUCGGAAGUUCCAAACAAAAUCAACAUGAUCGAAAACAAUCCACAAGAAUACGUAAAGCGCAAUGUGUGUCGCUCAGUAUCGUCGGAUACAAAUGUGUCACUAAGUUCCUCAGCGGGUUCAGCAGCUACGUCUGGGUCGCAAGCGAGUUGUAGUUCACUUGAAAGUUCUGUAGCUGACACCGACAAGAAAAAAGUUUCGAAAUCGUAUAAUAUCGAUACGAUAAACAGACGAAACAUUUUAGCGUCGGCAAAAUGCAGGAGUGGCAGGGAUGCAAAAUUAAAAUCACCUGUUGUAGAAACUAAGUUCUCACACGAGUCUUGCGACAGGUCUCCGAGUCCAGUACACAAAGCGUCUGAACGCCUUUCUACACUCACGCCAACAGUGAGUGUUAUGUCGAAUAAAGGCGAAAACAGACGACGAAGCAAAAUCAUUGCAGAAUCUGACUCAGACAGUGACAGUGACGUUAACGUGUGGCAGAGAAAGAACGAUUUCAAAAACACAAGACUGAAGCGUAAUUCGAGUUCAGCCAAUAAAAAUAAACAAAAUGACAAUAAUUACGAAAGUCAAAAGAAUGACGACGGCCCUAAAAUCAUAUCCGAAAAAAUCAUAAAAGAGAUUAAAAAAGCAGGACUAGACAAUUAUAAUAAUAGUAAGGUUACAAGUGUCAUAGAGAAACCCGAUUUUCUAGCUACUAAAACUGAAAACCUGAUUAUAAGUAAACAUGAAAAGGUCAGCAAAAUAGAUAAUAUGAAACAUCAUGAAGCUUCUGAUAAUAGUAUUGGCAAGACAAUCGAAAAAGAAAAGUCUUUAGAACAAAUUAAAAAACACGAAAACGAUGCAAUAAACGAUACAACUGACAGUAGUAUUACUGAAGUAAACUACGCACCGGUGAAAACUCAAACCAUUUCACUUAGACGUGGAGCAGGAACAGGAGUUGGAGUUAUUUUGGCCGGCGGAAUUGACUGCGAAGCGAAAGAGGUUACGGUUCACAGAGUCUUAGCAGACAGUGUAGCGGCCAAGGCAGGAUUGAAAAGAGGAGCUAAAGUUAGAAGUAUUAACGGCUGUGCAAUGACAGGUUUAACACAUGCUCAAUCUGUCACGAUCCUUAAGGAGCAACGUUCAGAAGUAACAAUCGAAAUAGAGGUCGAAAAUCGACAAAACGCUAAUGGUGUGGGUUGCGGCUCUGACAAAGCGGAGUCGAGGGUUCGACAUGAGGUAGAUGAUAAAAACUUCGGAGACGACGGUAAAGUUACCAGACCAGUAGUGACUGUUUUGUUGGAGAAAGCCGGCGGCGGAGCUGGCUUAGGCUUUGGUUUGGACGGCGGCCGAGAUUCCCCCCGAGGAGAUCGUCCCCUUACAAUAAAGAAACUUUUUGCAGGAGGAGCGGCAGCACAAAGUGGCCGUGUUCUAGUCGGUGCGGAACUUCUUUCGGCUGGCGGGCAAUCGAUGGAAGGAUUUACACGCACACAAGCCUGGGCAGCUCUUAAAGCUUUGCCAGCUGGCCCGGUUACCCUUGUACUUAGGAACCCUAAAGAUGAUAUGGGAAUAUGAUUCACACAAUACAUUAACACAGUGAGGUCUAUAAAGGAAAUUAAGUAAAAAAAGAUUUUUGAGACGAUCUCUUUGAAUAAUUGAGUAUGGUGACGUGUCUCCGAGCCCGGUUAGCAAACUGUUUAACAGAAUCGUUUAUGUGCCAGCCUCUCUCCAAGGAGACAAAAUAAUACUAACUGACGCUGUUCAAUUUAGUAAAGUAAGUUGAAAAGGUGGGGUUCGGGACUUGUUAUUACUUCUUCUUUUAUUUACAAUUUGCCUCAUUCAUUAGUCACUGUUUCUUUAAGAUUGUAAAUAGAUUAAUUUAUGUGAUCUGUCUGUUACGGAUUUUCGUGAGGAUAGGUUUUUUAAGACUGUCUCAUUUUUGUUAAAAUCGUUUAUUUAUUAAUUUGGUUCAAUUAACUAGUCUGGACUGCGAGAAAAAUAAAUUUUGGCAAUGUACUAAGUACGUGCACGAUAUAAAACCUAAAUUAAAAAUGAUAUUUAUCAUUAGUGCCAUUGAAAGUAACACGGAUUUUAGUUUCAUUUUGCGCACACGAAGAUGUACAUAAGACAUCAUAAUAUAUUCUAACGUUAUGAAGCGUCAUUAAUAAAGCUUAGCUUUCCGAGUAGGUACGUAAACAUAAUUAUGCUAAGGACACAUGCAUUUUUCAUGGAGACCAUACUUUGCAUACAAUAAAACCUUAUUUUGAUAAAUAUUAAAAGUACUAACUGCAAGUGAUAUGACGUUAUCACGCUCAUUAUUGUAACCACAUUUAACCUUUGUACAAUACUUUAUUAUUAUUACGUAAACUUUUAUAUACUCAAACAUGCUUUUUGAACAGUUGUGUUAAAAAACGUAUUCAAAAGUUGUAUGUUUUUUUUUAUGUUUUUUAGAUGAACCUUUACUUGCCAUGAUACUUAUUGCCAAUAGCGGUACCUAUCAGACCAUUGCUUAGUUGUAAUGCAUCGAACUAUUUAGAUAGAACUUGUAAAUAUUUUUGUUAUUUAUUAAUAACUGUACUUAGUGGGUAACGUUUAGGUGUCCGCUUGUAAGAUUAACUCAUCAAAAAUAAUAUUUUUGUUUACAGUCUAUUAAUCGGAUUGUAACCAUUUUGUGUGUAUUAUUGAAUUUUUGUUAGUUUGGUGUACGUACAUUUAAGAAAAUAUUAUUUUUUGUCUACGUCAUUAAAUUUCAAUACUAAGGAACUUUAAAAGAUUUUUUCGAAAGUCUGUGGCCAAUACUAUUGUGUAAAGAUACAAUCAAGAGUAGAUCAAAAUUGACGUAAGUCGGCGCUUCACACGUUGUUGAGGGUAUCUCACAACUGCUUUUAGAGGUGGAGGUGCACUACACUAAUAAAGUACCAUUGAACUAAUGGAAUACAGUAAAAAAGUCUCUCUUUGUAUAUCACUAAAAACGUUGGCAUCAGAGUAAUCAGACAAGAUCUGAGAAGACUUUGACCAGAACAAAUUAUAUGAAGUUUUACGAACGGCCUUCAAACGUUGCCCUAAAUUAACAUCCGAUUUUAUAAACUUUAAUAAUUAAAACAAUAUUCUUUAUUUACUUAUUAGGUGAUAUAUGUUAUCUUAGUUACUAUUAUU